GGGCGGACGCAGUUACCAUGGCGACCGGGAGGCGCCCGGCCGGGCGCGCGGGAAGGAGGCCGGAGGAGCGGCCCGCUGGGUCCCCGAGGCCAUGGGCCGGAUCACCGGGCUCGUGCCCUCGCGGUUCCUGACGCUCUUGGCUCAUCUGGUGGUUGUCAUGACGCUCUUCUGGUCCCGGGAAAGCAACAUCCAGGCUUGCCUGCCUCUCCAGUUCACCCCCGAGGAAUACGAGAAGCAGGACGUCCAGCUGGUGACCGCGCUCUGCCUCACCCUCGGCCUCUUCGCGGUGGAGCUGGCCGGCUUCCUCUCCGGAGUUUCCAUGUUCAACAGCACCCAGAGCCUCCUCUCCAUUGCAGCCCACUGUAGCGCGUCCGUGGCCCUCUCCUUCUUCAUAUUCGAGCGAUGGGAAUGUACCACAUACUGGUACAUCUUUGCCGUCUGCAGCGCCUUCCCAGCUCUCACUGAAACAGCAUUAUUCAUCGCUGUCUUUGGGCUGAAAAAGAAACCUUUCUGAGCACGACCCGGACGUAGGAACCAAGGCUGGAAAAGCGAUGCGCUUCCUCCGGUUGGGGGAGAAGCAAGGCAUGGGCUUCAGUUUCUCUCUCUCUCCGCUUUGCCCCUCCCAACUGCUUCUAAGCAGAGAAUGGCAGUGUUGGGAUGAGAUCUCUCAAACCUUGGGUUAUAAUUUUUAUUUUUAGAGCCUUGUAAUAAAAUACAUUUUAUAAUACUAGUCUGAUGCUAUUUUGCAGAAGACGAAUGAGUGGGCCAAGAAGCUGGUGUAAAUAAAGGCUUUUUUCCCCUAA